AUGAAGUGCUCUCUACUGUUUCUAUCCACUCUUGCCACAUUGGCAAGUUACGCCAAUGCCGCUACCUGCACAACGGGUCUCAACUAUUGCGGGUAUAAUCUUGUGAAAAAAGGUCACUACAGAGAGGAGAUAGCUCGCGAGCUUCUCAAAUAUCACCAAGAUGUCAGCAACUUCAAUAUGUAUCACAGCUUAUUCUCUUGUGGUGAAGGUGGCGAAGGUUGGAUUGGAUAUGAAAUGACAUGUUUCGGUGGUUGUGUCGAUGGUGGAGCGGGCCAGAGUGAUCAUUGUUGA